GGGACAGGGGGCCAGAGCCAGAGCUGCCGCUGGAUCCUAAACAGGGCCUCUGAAGGUCUUCUGGCCGGCCAUUUUUUUCUGGAGGCUCCAGGUCCCUCAGACCAUGACUCAACUAGGAUGGGGGUUACUGUUCCUGAGCCUCAUGGCCAUGGCUGAAGGGCUUCAGAAGGGUAAUGAUCUGCUCAAUGUCUGCAUGGAUGCUAAGCACCACAAGUUCCAACCUGGCCAAGAAGAUAACCUUCAUAACCAGUGUAGCCCAUGGAAGAAGAGAGCCUGCUGCACAGCAAACACCAGUGUUGCUGCCCAUGAAGACACCUCCUCCCUGUACAGCUUCAACUAUAACCACUGUGGGAUGAUGACCCCAGCCUGCAAACGCCACUUUAUCCAGGACACGUGUCUCUAUGAGUGCUCCCCCAACCUAGGACCCUGGAUCCAGCCGGUAUCCUCAAGUUGGAGGAAGGAACGGAUUCUGAAUGUUCCCCUGUGCAAGGAGGAUUGUAACCAGUGGUGGGAGGACUGCCAAACCUCCUAUACCUGCAAAGAGAACUGGCACAAAGGUUGGAAUUGGACUUCAGGGAUUAACGAGUGCCCAGUUAAGGCUGCCUGCCACCCUUUCACCUUUUACUUCCCAACACCAGCCUCCCUAUGUGAGAAUAUUUGGAGUCAUUCUUAUAAAGCAAGUUCUUUUGGCCGGGGCAGUGGCAAAUGUAUCCAGAUGUGGUUUGACCCAGCCCAGGGAAACCCCAAUGAAGCUGUGGCUAAAUACUAUGCUUUUGGCUCUGCCCCAGGCAUCUUCAGUUGGAAGGCCACUUUCCCCUUCUUGAUUUGGACACUGCUGUUGCUUCUCUGGGCUUAACCCUCAUCAGCAAAGAAAUCUCACCAAUCUACAUGUAAAUCCAUAGCCAAAAUUACUCCCAGUGUGAGACCCUUGGACUCCAGCUUCCAGCCUGACAGCCUGGCUCUCCUGAAACCCUGGCUUCCUCCCAUCUGGAUUCUUCCCCCUCAGACCUGAUCUGGAAACCUCCAACCCCCUACACAAUGGAUUUCACAGAUCCCACACCACUACUGAGUGGGGCAGGGAGAGGGGGUGCCUUCCUUUCUCCCCACUUUUAAGUGAUUCCAGGUCCAGUCUCCUUCUUUUCUUUAGGGGAAGUUAAAUAUUGUUUCUGCCCUCUCUAAAGUGAAAUCCUCCUUAAUACUACUCCUUUCAAGUAGGGAUUAUUUCAUUGAUUAUAUUUGUAAACCUAGUACCUGGUCCAUAUAUGUUUAAU